AUGAGAAAAUCAACACAAAAUAAUCAACUAUCUGUACCACUACUAGAAGUGGAUAUUAAUAAUGGAAACAAUGACAACAUUAAUAAUAAUAAUAAUGGAAGAAGUGCUUCUACACUCUCCGUUAAAAGAAGAAACACUUCACCAACCAACACCACCAUAGUAAAUGAUCAUUUACCAUCAUCAACCUCUGUACCCUAUUAUUAUGAAUCAGCCUUAGGAUCAUUUAAACAACAACAAAAUAAUGAUACAACAUUUAAACAUCAAUCCAUGACAACUAAUCCAAGUACAUUAUCUUUAAAUAAUAUGACUAUAACAAUACAACAAUAUAUUUAUGGAUUUAUUCAUGCUGUUUGUGUUUUUUUAACUUUUAUUUGUGCUAUUAAAGUACAUCCCUAUAGACAUAUUUCUAAAAAAGUUAAAAAGGAAUUAUCUCUAUCUUAUGAAUAUACAAGUGAAAUUAGAGUUUUAAGAGAUGGUCAAAUUUAUAUGGUUGGAAGCAGUAAUUUAGUACCAGGUGAUGUUAUCAUUUUAAAUAAUGUUACUACCAUUCCAUGUGAUUGUAUUUUAUUAUCAACAAAUUCACACAUUUUAUGUGAUGAAUCUUCUUUAACUGGUGAUACUGAACUUUCACAUAAAAUACCUUUAUUUAAUAAUGUGAAUAUGAAUAUGAAUAAUAAUAUGAAUAAUGGUAAUAUGAAUAAUAACAUGAAUAAUAAUAAGAAUGUUACUGGACAAACAACUAUUGAUCAAUAUAAUGUUCUUGUGGGUGGUACUCGUAUUGUACGUGAAAAACAAACUGCUACUACUACUACUACUAAUAAUAAUAUUAAUAAUAACAGCAACAAUACAAAUGAUAAUAGUACUACUACCAUUCAUCAAUCUAAUACUACAACUAUCAAUAAUAAUAAUAAUAAUUCAAAUAGUAGUAAUAAUAAUGAAGAAGGACAAUUAAUUAAAGCACUUGUUAUUAAAACAGGAUUUCAUACAGUGAAAGGUAAAAUUAUUCGUAAUAUUUUAUUAACAUCAUGUCAUAAUUUACAUACAAAAUUUGAUAAAGAUUCAAAUACAAAUAUUUUAAUAGGAGAUGUAAUUGAUCAAUCAAUGUUAGAAUUUACAAAAUAUGAAUUAAAAAGAUCAAUUCAAGAUUCAAAUUUAUUUACAUUAAUACCUCCAAAUAUAUUUAGUGAAAGAGGUACAUUACAAGUUUUAAAAAAUUAUCCAUUCACAUCUGAAUUACAAAGACAAUCUGUUCUAGUUAAUAAUUUUACAAAUUAUAUUAUUUAUUGUAAAGGUAGUCCAUCAAGUAUUAAAUCUCUAUGUAAAAAUAUACCACAAGAUUAUGAUCAAGUUGUUAAACAUUAUGGUUUACAAGGUUUUAAAAUUCUAGCCAUGUCAAUGAAAAUUAUUAAUAAUUCUGAUUUUUAUAAGAAUUUUAAUUCAAUUAAUUUUGAAAAUAGAAAUGAAAUUGAAAAUAAUUUGGAAUUUAUUGGUUUUAUUUUAUUAAAAAAUAACAUGUAUAAUUUUGUACAAUCUGAAAUUAAACAAUUAGAAGAUGGUCAUUUUAUUAAAUCUAAAAUGAUUACAGGUGAUAAUAUUUAUACUAGUUUAUACACUGCUAAAGAAUGUGGUAUGAUUGAUUCAGAUAUUCAACAAGUUUAUUGUGCUUUUUAUGAAAAUAAUUCAAUAGAAUGGAAAUGUUUAAAUAUUUCUAAUUUUGAUUAUGGUAAAUUAACAAGUAUUAAAACAUCUAAAUUUACAACUACUACUUCUAAUAAUGAAAUGACUAGUAAUAACAAUGGAACAAUAGAAGAAGAAGAAGAAGAAGAAGAUGAAGAAGAUGAUUCUAAUAUAAUGGAGCAUAAUACUGUUAAAUCUAAAAACAAAUUUAAAAGUAUUAUGAAUAGUGUAUCUUCAAGUCAUAAUCAAAAAAAGAUUGCACUUGCAAUGACAGGUGAAGCAUUUCAUUACUUAAGAAAUCAAUUAAUUUCAAAUAUUUAUCAUACACAUGAUGAAUUAUUACCUUAUUAUUCACAAUUAUUAUGUUUAUGUCAUAUUUAUACAGAAAUGUCUCCAAAUCAAAAGGGAAAUUUAGUUUCAGAUUUUAGACAAUAUUUAAAUUAUAUUGUUUGUAUGAUUGGUGAUGGAAGUAAUGAUUCAAUUGCAAUGAAUUGUUCUGAUGCUUCUCUUUUCAUUUCUAAACAAUUUAAUAAUUCAACUAAUAUUAUUUCUAAUAAUAAUAAUAGCAAUUCAAAACGUUCAAAUUAUGAACAUUCAUAUGCUGCUCAAUUCACUGUUCCAUUGGAUUAUAUUAUUGGUCAAUCAUCAUCUUUAAAAAAAUCAAAACAUUCAAAGAAGAAGAAGAAUGUAACAUCAUCUUUAUCCAUUAAUAAUGAAUUGACCAUAAUGAAUACAAAUAGUAAUAGUAAUAAUAAUAAUGAAUAUUCUGAUACUUAUUAUCAUCGUUUCCAAGAUGAAAAUGAAAAAUCAAAUACAACUAAUAUUAACAAUUCAAAUAAUUCAAAUAAUUCAAAUAAUAUUCAUAAUAUUCAUACUACAUCCUCUCUUAACAAUUCAACAAGUGAAGGUAAAGAUUCAAUUGCUAAUUAUGAAGCCUAUGUUAAAACAGGUGGUGUUGAUUAUAUUGAAACUGAUCAAUAUGCAGUUCAAUAUAAGAAUUAUGUUUUAUUGAAGGUUUUUAUUUUAUGUGUUUUAAUUUUAAAUAUUUUUAUUACUUUUGCAAUUGAAUGUGCUUCUAUUUUACUUUACAAGUUUUACAAAUUUAUUAGAAAUUCAAAGUUUAAACAUUCUGCAAUUACUUGGAAAAAGUGUGUUCAUUCAUUUGUAUUUGAUCAGGAAAAUAAUGAUAUUGUAAUUCCUUAUUUUACAACUAAAUUUAAACAUGAAUAA